AUGGAGAAGAGCAGCAGAAUUCGCAGUUCGCGGUGUCGUAUCGCGACGUUCGUGUGUCUGAUCGUUGUCGUCCUUGCCGUCGUCGAGGCGGCGGUGAUCGAACGCGAACGACGGGAGUUCGUCCUUCCUGACUGGAUCGAGAUCGUCGACGAGCCUGUCGCGGAGAACUCGAAGACCAUUCAAAGGGCGGUUAGGGUGAGGGACGAGAAGGUGACCUACGAUGGCGCUCAGGUGUGGAAGGUCCGUGCUCUUGAGGGACAAACGUUGUCCAGCGUGGCUGUCGACUUUCAGGAAGCUGGAUUAUUCUCUUUUUGGAACGGAAACGACACUGCAAUCGACGUAAUGGUCCGCUCGGAGGAGAUCCCAAGAGUCUCUCGAUAUUUGAAACAGAAAGACUUGGAAUACUGGGUGGUCAUCGACGAUCUACAGAAGGAAAUAGACCAAGAGAAUCACGUACUCUCCGAGGAGGAGAUGCUGGAGCUGGAAGGCCGUAAAGCUCGUUACGCUUGGUGGCAGGGAUUCGCGGUCAGAGUGCGUGAUAGAUACUCACGACCUCGUCCUCGUCCUCUUCGUUAUCCUGUAACUAGCGUACGCGGUGGAGGUGGCCCUUGGCAUUUUAGGGGUCAUCGAAUGGAGUGGUCCAGUUACCAUCGUCUUGAGGACAUCCAUACGUACCUCGAUUACCUCGCUGAAACUUUCCCUGAUGUUUGCUCUGUUGUGAGCAUCGGUAACUCCGUCGAAGGAAGACCUCUUAAGGUUUUGAGAAUCAGCAACGGGAAGCAGAACGCACCCGCGUUGUGGAUCGACGGAGGAAUUCACGCUAGAGAAUGGAUCUCUCCAGCGGCUGUCACUUAUAUUAUCGAUUAUCUGGUCGAAAAUAGCGAUAAUCUCGAGACUGAUUACUAUAUUCUGCCAGUUGCCAAUCCUGAUGGAUACGAAUACACUUUCGUCAGGGACCGUUUAUGGCGGAAGAACAGGAAACGCGCGAUAGGCAGCUCGUGUACGGGCGUUGACCUCAACAGAAACUUUGGUUAUCGGUGGGGUGGCAUGGGCACCAGUAAGGAUCCAUGUCGCGAAAUUUACGCGGGUUCUGGACCAUUCUCCGAACCUGAAACCAACGCCAUUAAGAACUUUUUCGAAGCCAGCGCUGCUAAUUUCAAAGCGUACCUGUCGUUCCACAGCUAUGGCCAGUUCAUUCUGUACCCAUGGGGUUAUGACAAACGUGUUCCGCCAGACUACGCCGACCUCGAGAAGGUCGGCAGACAAAUGGCCACAGAGAUGAGGAAAGCUGGUGGCGCUAAUAGUGGUUACACAGUUGGAAACAGCGCUACGGCUUUAUACGCGGCUUCUGGUGGCUCCGAUGAUUGGGCCAAGGCAAUAUUAAAGAUGAAGUACACGUUCACGAUCGAAUUAAGAGACACUGGAAAGCAUGGCUUCGUUCUACCCUCGCGUUACAUCAUUCCAACAGCCAAGGAGGCUCUGGCGGCGGUUUUGGUCGUCGCUGAGGCUUGCAAAACCUUGUAGUCAUCGAGCUUCCUGAGUUAUCAUUUCUACAGUGACUUUCGUUCGCGUUUCUCAUCGAUUGUUUUGUAUAAAUUAUCGGAUACUGCCUGCAUAUCGAACAUAUAAGGUCAUCCCAUAAGUAAUGCAGUUUACCGACGCUGACAUUCGGUGUAAGAAAAUACUUUGUACUUUUAUUUUCUUAUAUCUUUCGGUUAACUUCUGAAUUUCAUCUUCAACAAAUUUUUGAGGUUUUAAAUUAAAAACUCAUUCAGUGUUGAUUUGACAUCAUCAGUAUUGUUGAAAUUUUGAACACAUUUCUGAGAUGCGACACGGAUUAUUUAUGGCAUAACCUGAUAUGAAGUGUUUUUGUACUGUUGAAGGAUAAGAUGAGUGACGAUACUUAUGAAUAUUAUUUAUUGAAUAAC